CUUUCCGAUUUCAAAAACGAUCUGCAACGUUCACAUUCAACGCAUGCAUUCUCAAGAAAUGCAAGCCUGCUCGAGAAAGACGGCGGGACUGCUGAUCGUCGUGGCGGUGGCAGCAGCCAUCUGGCCCACCCGUGUUGCUGCACAGUCGAAUGAUUGCAGCACUGCGCCGCUGCUCGACCCCACAGUUGCCGCAUGGAACUUUACGACUCCGUCAACCACGUAUCAGUGCUCUGAUGGUACCGAUAAGUGCAUGGUUUGGCGAAUCAACACUCCAACCACCAUUACGAACUGGGGAAUGACAACCUGCGGCUACCUUGACGACACUUCAUUGAUUCUGCGAACGGGACCUUGCACGGCAAAUAAUCAUUUUGGCGACACUAGUUUGGGUGUCUACAACCGUGAUGGUUGCGGCGCCAGUGCUUUGCUUUACGGCCUCACUCUAAAUGCAGGGCAGGACUACUAUUUGAUGCUCGGUCUGCCAAGUGCCCUUCCCGCUAGUGGAGUCGUAGGCAAAGGUUCCAAUCUCUGCGUUGCUGGAACGACAGAUCACGAUAUUACAACCAAUCCCACGUAUCACUUAUCGACUCCUUGUGUGACUUGCUCGCCUGGUCAGUACGUUCCCGCUGGGUUGACUGGACCUUGCUCAAAUUUCAACUGCAGCAUCGGCUCUGUCGAUCAUGAUAGCAAUCCAGCGACCGCCUGUCUCGUUGCUGGCCCUGGCAAUGAUACGACUUCGUCUGGGUUGCAUGGUCCCAUCGCCAACUUUAAAGUCGUUGCUGGUCGAUACGACCACGACAGCAAUUCGUCGACGCCCUCAAUCGCCUGUCCCGCCGGCAACUACGCACCUGUGGGCAGCACGACCUGCACCCCGUGCUCUGCUGGCACUUGGGACCACGAUGGCUCAUCGGCAACCGCUUGCGUGGCUUGCACCGCGUGCACACUCGGCUCCACCUACGUAUCUACGACCUGCACCGCCACCGACGACACCGUCUGCUCUACCUGCGCCACAUGCGGCCAAGGAUCUUUCGCCAGCCCGGCGUGCACCCUCACGGCCAAUGCCGGCUGCGCGAACUGCACUUCCAUCCCCAGUUGCACGACCACUGGUCUGACCUGCUCGUCAAAUGCCGAUCAGCAGUGCAACUUGUGCCAGGCUGGCAACUACGUAACGCCCGAAGGCACUUGCGCUCCAUGUACCGCGUGCGGUUCAAACUCGUACCAAACGAGCGGUUGUGAUGGUGUCGUCGACCGUGUUUGCUCGGGUUGCGUCCUCUGCACAGCAGGCCAGUACCAAAGCGUGGAUUGCUCGCCUACCACCAACCGUGUUUGCCCUGCAUGCAGUGAGGUUCCAGGCUGCACGACCGGUCUGCGUUGCACCAACAGCAUGGAUUCGACUUGCAUCGACUGCAGUUCGUGCCCCCACGGUCAGUACGUGAACGCCACCUGCACCAAUGUGCUCGAUCGCGUCUGCCACAACUGCACUGCACUUCCAGGCUGCCCGGCGUCCUACACUGUCUGCAGCGCGUAUGGAACCAGUACUUGCACCGCACCCGAGGAGAGCUCGUCCAUGCCCGUUUACAUUCCGAUUGUCGCUGCAAUCGGCGGACUGUUGCUGAUCCUGCUGCUUGCAUUUGUGCUGGCUCGGCGUCGCACCCGCAAACCAGCCACAGUUGUGGCAAUCUCGCACGAGGACAUUACCAUGAUGACGAUCAACACGUUGGCCAUCAACCCAGCGAAUCGUCGUGCGUCUCAGUACGAGACGCUCAACGGAACUCGCGGUGGUGGCGAUUCCGCAGUGUACGAUACUCUGGACGCCGUCGGUUCACAUGGCGGGUAUGCCGUUUUGUCGAAACCAGACGCCAUCGUUCCCCCUCGAAGCCGGAAGCCUGUGAUUUCAUCUGACUUGAGCUCGACCUCGGGGCCGCAGCAUAAAAUGGUGGACACGGAUGAGUACGAAACGGUCGGCCAUGCAGCGCAGCGAGAAACGCCGACGGACAUGGAUCAGUACGCAACUGUCGACCAUUCAGCGAAGCAAGCCGGGGUGAUGGCCAGCGAGGGGUACCAAACGCCAGGCGCUGCACCGCAGUAUGAUCCCGACUCGAAGCCGGAAUCGACGCGGGACGUUGUCUACACUGCCGCUGAUUUCUCGUGACCAGCAUGUUGUUGAUGCAGCUUUGCUUGUUGCUUUCGUGCUAGUACUGAAUGAAUGUGUAGUUUUUGCCUUGAUUGCACUGAGCAUGAAGUUGGAGGCAUCACGCCUGAUACUAUUUGAAUCGCCCAAAAAAACAAAAAAUAAAAACCAACCAAA